GCAGCAACAGCGGCAGCAGCAGCAGUAUCAGCAGUACUAGUAGCAGUAGUAGCGGAGAAUCAGCAGCAGGGUAUCCGAGUCAGGAGCGGAGUAUGGGGGCAGAGCUGCGGACUGAGGAGCGCUGAUUAAUCUCGGGCGGACCUUAAACAGCGGAAGAUUAAUUGGCUUUACCCUGAAGACUUUUAUACAGCCAGCAGCGGACCGGAGAACCGCGCAGGACCCCGCGGACAUGCUUCUGGGGGAGCUGAGCUGCCAGGCUCUGGAUCUUUGUUGCCUGGGCGAAGGGCCUGGGUCCGGCUAGGCUAGCAAGCUAAGGUAGCUAGCUUAGUUAGCUGGUUUUAGCCCGCGCUAAACUGUUAACCCGGACUAAUACAGAAGUGUGCUGUUUUUUUACUGCUCGGAAACAAAAAGACGGAGAUCCCAGAAGAUUUCAGAAUACCUGACAGUUAGCUAGCUUAGCUACUUCACUUAGCUAGAAAGCUAGGUUAGCUAGCUACCUGGCUAGGCUAAGCUAUUAGCUUAGCAUAGCUUAGCUAACUAAAUACACGAACCAGGGAAGCUGCUGCUGUUCUGGUUCCGUGGGAAAGGUUGGAACACUUUUUCUUUUAGCUUUAUUUGUUUCUUUUUGGCUUUCUGAAGAUACGUAAUGAGUAACGUUACAGGAUAUUUUACACUUUUCUAAAAGUAAUUUGUUUAUGUUCUAAGCCUCCUUUGUUUUAAGUGUGGGGUUUUUGUUGUCUAGCUAGCUAUCUAACAAUGAUGUAGUAUGACAAACCUGUUUAGCAAGCAGCUUGGCUAGUUUAACACAAACAAGGCAAUUGUUGGCAUUUAUUUUUACUAGAUUUAAGUACUUUAUUCGAUUAAUUUAGGUAAUUAAUAAUCGAUUAAAACUUAGUGUCUAACUAUGUUCGCAGGCUCCCUGAAGAAAAGCUAAUUUAGCUAACUUACUAAGUAACCUGUGUAUUCUGACUCAUAGGGCUGCAACUAAUGAUUAUUUGGCUAUUCAACCAAUCUGCCGAUUAUUUUCCCCGAUUAGUUAUUCUUAUCUCUGCUUUCAGUUGAUACAGCUUAUGUUCCUAGGUUUCAUCAUUACUUCUAAACGACAGAAACAGUUAAAUGUGAAUAUUAAACGCCCAGAUGAUAGUUAACUUACUUAGGUAACUAAUUAACUAACUAACUAGCUGACUGUGAAAUGUUUAGAUUUUUAUAGCUUCUGUCAAUUAGAUUGUUAGUUGAAUAAUCGUUGCAGCCAUAGGUAGAGCUCAGCACUGCUAACUAGCUAGCGUACAUAAACUUGUAUCCCGAUUAUUAGUCAACUAGAUAACUUAACAUUUUGAUUAUUCGACUAGUUUAUAGUUCAUAUCUGCACCAAAAUAGCUGGAUAACCAUUUGCCACGUUUUUUUUAAUCAGUGCUGUUUGUUCCUUGCUGGACAGUCGAUUUAAUCGGAUCACCAAGCCGAAUAUUCGGUCACUUUUUCCACACUGUAGCCAGCUUUGGCUUUACAGGGACGCUUAUUAAAACACUGAACUGCUACCAGUUGACCAGUUGCUCUGAUGCGAACGACAAUGGGUACUCAGGGCAGUCCGGUGAAGAGCUACGACUAUCUCCUAAAAUUCCUGCUGGUGGGAGACAGUGAUGUGGGGAAAGGAGAAAUCCUGGACAGCCUGCAGGAUGGAUCCGCAGAGUCUCCAUACGCCUAUAGUAGUGGAAUCGACUACAAGACCACCACUAUCCUGCUGGAUGGAAGGAGAGUAAAGUUAGAAUUAUGGGACACUUCGGGACAGGGCCGCUUCUGCACCAUCUUCCGUUCCUACUCCAGAGGGGCACAGGGGAUCCUGCUGGUCUAUGACAUCACAAAUCGCUGGUCAUUCGACGGGAUUGACCGCUGGAUUAGAGAAAUUGAUGAGCACGCUCCCGGAGUGCCGCGGAUUCUGGUGGGGAAUCGUCUGCACUUGGCGUUUAAGCGUCAGGUUCCCACUGAGCAGGCGAGAGCGUACGCUGAGAAGAACGGCAUGACCUUCUUUGAAGUGAGUCCGCUCUGCAACUUCAACGUCAUCGAGUCGUUCACCGAGCUGUCGCGCAUCGUUCUGAUGAGACACGGCAUGGAGAAGUUCUGGAGGCCCAACCGAGUGUUCAGCCUGCAGGACCUGUGCUGCCGCGCGAUCGUCUCCUGCACGCCGGUUCACCUCAUCGAUAAGCUGCCCCUCCCCGUGGCCAUCAAGAGCCACCUGAAGUCCUUCUCCAUGGCCAACGGCAUGAACGCCGUGAUGAUGCACGGCCGCUCCUACUCGCUAGCCAACGCCACCGGCAGCAAAGGCAACAGCCUGAAGCGCUCCAAAUCCAUCCGGCCGCCACAGAGCCCUCCACAGAACUGCACCAGGAACAACUGCAAGAUCUCCUAGCCUGGGCCUGGGAGAGGGGGGCGUCCCCCUCGACUCUCCCCUACACUCAGGAGCACGGACUGAUGGACUUACGGACUUGUACGUAUAUAUAUGAACUGUGGGCUGAAAGUGGCUGGAGGCGUCUGUGAUCCUCCUUUACAAAUCUGAUCUGCUGCAGUCAUUUUACUACACUCACAACUUAAAACAACAUUUACACCGACAUCUGAUUACUAUUCCACACAACUCCGUCUGUGAAGGCAUCUCCUCAGCGUCGGACUUGCCUUUUGAGUUAUUUCACUUCUGCUGCAAUAGCGCCCUCUGCUGGCCACAGUGUCUCUCUCUCUCUCAUUGGAGCAGAUGAGCCAUGGAGCGGAUAGAUGAAGUAGAUAGAAGAUGGAGAAACACCAGGUUUUCCAAGCCCGUCCGACACCGCUGAAGUUCCCUCCCUCCUCUUCCUGUGUUCCCAUCAGCUGGAUAAGCUCUGCUUUCUUAAACAGCAUGGCUUUGGUUUUUAACCCCUCACGCUGCCUUCAAUAUGAUCAACAUCAACAAUAGGUAAUCAGUAAUCAAUAAUCAACAAUCAGCAAUCGUCUGGAAUCGCCUUGGAGAGCUUCUGAACUGCUUUUAAGCUUCACCACAUCUCACACACGGCAUUGUGCAUGCUUUAGAACAAACAACAGUACAAGGAGCGAUGAUGGCGGCCGCAGACAGUGCAUAUGAUGACAGACAGUGUUGUCGUACAAAUGUAUGAACUAAUAAAUAUAUGUAUUAAAUACAUUUGCUACACUGCUACUGCUACGUCGGUGGUCUCUGAAUUGGAUUGGACGGCGCUGCAAAGGUGGUGGGUUACACGGUUACACUAUGAAUGAUGAUUAUGAUGAAACCGAUGAUGGUGUGAAUGCAUUUUAUUUUAUUAUUAUUAUUAUUUUUAUUUUUUGUUUUUUAACCAGGACUUUUAAAAGUGUAACGGCAGCAGUUGCGUCUCGGCAGAUAAGUGAUAGCAGAAGUGAUAACGGACUUUCUACUUUCUGGAAAUCUCUCGAAAAAAACAGGCUGGAGUUUGAUGAUAAAGAUACUAAUCGUUGGGUCGGGACUCUUCGUUUUUUUUUUUUUUCCUAAUCUUUUCUCUGCGGAUCACCUUCAGCACCUCCUCAGGGGACAGUUCUGGCAAAAGCAAAUGUGUUUCUUGCUGUUUUUCUUCUUCCUUUCUUUUUUUUUUU